AUGGCAGAAUCGCAAUAUUCUUAUGGGACGUCCAUUUUAACAUCAAAAACACCGCAGGAGGCAGCGGCAAUUAUUCCUUCAAGUAUCAAUGCUACGCAGGGCUUGCUUGAGAAAAACCUAUUGGGAUUCUUCAAUGAAUAUACUCAAUUGUUGCAACGCAACAACCAGGCACUCAAUCAGUUAUUACAGAAUGGAUCAAAAAUCUUCGGACAGCAGCAAAACAAAGAAUAUGAAGGCUUUCAUAAAGUUUGGAAUUGUUUAUUGAGUUCAAUACAGGUUGAGAUUCAUUCUAAUGAAACUUUAUUCAAAAACUUGAAGUUAGAGGCAAUUGGACCAUUAAAGGACGUAUUUCAGAAAGACGUUCGUUAUUCCGAGUUAUUAGUGAAUUCGCAAGAGUUACAAGAGAUAAGCAGUGAUUUAUCACAUAAUAGCAGCAAUGCUGAGAUGCAAUGGAAUAUGAAGGCGCCACAAAUUUUUGAUAAUUUUGAAAAUUUCAAAAAGUUUGAAACCCAAUUAUUAUUUGAUGUCAGUUACAGUUUGUUGAAUGGAUUGAAUACCAAGUACUCCAAGAACUUGUCGAAUAACGAGAAUUCAGUUAAUUAUGUCUUGAACGGAUAUAAAAUUGAUACAGAAAUGGCUAAUUAUUUGGAAUAUGUAUUGCAGAAGAAGGAUUUUGUGACGACUGCUCCUGGAUCCUCAGCUGCAGGUACUGCUUCUGUCUCGAAAACUAAUUCAAGACAAUCGAGACAGGUAAGUCAUAGUGAUUUGAAUUCCAUGAACUCAUCUGCAACGUUGGGGUCUGCUAGCACAAACCUGAAGAAACCAUCAAAGUUGAAAUCGAAAAUGGGAUCUAUCUUUGGUCGUAAAAACAAGCUGAAGCGUACAAGCGGUUUAGGAGGUGGUACAAUUCCGGAAACUGAAUCUGUUACAUCAUCUGUCAACACUAACCCAAGAUUAAAUAAGUCAACUGAUUCAAUUGAUCACUUAGCUCAAAAUAAUGUGAACAGAACCACUUCAGUAAGAGAUUCAAGAAGACCUUCCGAAUUAGAGCUGCAAGCUGUACAACCGUCUAGUUCGGAACAGUAUCAAGAAGGACCGUUACAACAACAACCAGUCCAACAGCAAAGAGGUGAUCCAAGAUCGCAACAUCAACUGAUUCCUCAGCAACAGGUUCCACAUGAGCAAAUUCAAAAGCAGCAGGUACAACAACCACAACUUGCUUCUUUGAAUGCUGCUCCACUCACUCCUAAACCUAUUUCUGAUAACAAUCAAGUUGUCGAUUCUCCAAAUGUAGUUAAGUAUGAUUCUGAGACUUCUGAUGAUGAAUUUGAGGAUCCAAAUAAUAAAGGAAACAGAUUAUCAAUGUUGCAAAGACACUCCUUAGGUGGUCCAGAAAAUGGUUCACCAAUUGUGGGCAGCUUCCCUAAUGAAUCUGAUACCCAAAGUCAGCAACAAGAGCAAUCAGGAUUACUUGGAGUCGGCCAACAUGGUAAUGAGAGACAUACGGGAAGGUUAAGUCAAAGUAGUGCUGGCAAAUAUAGCUUUGAAGCUGGAGACGAGGAAAAUUCUAUGACACCAAAACAGCAAGAAAACAUUUUUGAAGAUAAGGUAGGUGAGCUUAAUGUCAAUGAUAAUGCUGGAUCUAAUGUUGAUAACCAUUUCUUGAGAAAUGCUGCCGUUGCUUCAGGUGCGGGUAUUGCUGGUGCUGGUGCUGCUGUAGGUAAUAUGUAUGGUCACCAUCAACAACAAAAACAGCCACAACAAGAGCAAACAUUGCCACAACAGUUUCAACAGCAACAUGAGCAACAUGAGCAACAACAAAACUCAUAUGAAUACCCUCAAGAGAAAUCACAAUAUCAAGAUUCCCAACAAUAUCAGCAACCCUCAUUGCAAAAUCAAGGUCAUCUGGAAAAUCAAGAAUUUCAACAGUUUAUACCUCAGCAGCAAAACCAACAAGAACUCAAACAAGAGAGUCAACAAUAUUCAGAACUGCUGCAGCAAAAAGGUAGCGGUUUACCGCCACCUCCACCCAAAGCAAGAAAGGUUCUUCAUCGUGAAUCUUCUCUUCGAAACCAAAAUACCUCUUCACCUAAGGAUGCCCCAAGCUUAGUGUCUGUUCCUAGCAAUUCUACCGACUCUAGAACGAAUAGAAGGGAUAUUCAUUCACAAAUGUUCCAUAAUUUGCCUAAUGCUAGAGCCUCAGUUAUUCAGCAACCUACAUUGGUUAGUCAGGAUACAGGUAAUUCUUUAUUGAGAAACAGUGAUUAUUUCAAACACUUUGAUUCUUCUAAUUAUGUUGAAUCCAAUGGAUUGAAUUCGUCCAUCGCCGAAGUUAUAAAUGUUAAUAUUAAAAACGAUCAAUUAGUGAAAUCUCAAAUAAUAGGGGAGAUUGCAUUUAACUACAAAAAACAAAUAGAUGAACAAAUUGAGCCUAUUCUCAUUAGAAUUCCUAACCAAUUCGAUAAAAUUAUUUUGAAUAACACAUAUAUUGAGAAAUUAAGUAAUGAAGAAUUUAACAUUAACCCUGAAUUAAUUGUAUCAAAGACCUUGGGUGGGAUGAAAUAUUUGAAGAAUAUCACUUUUGAAGAAGUUCCUAUUUUGAUUCUGCAAAUUUGGAAGUUUGAGUCUCAUCAAUCAUCAUUAAUGAUAAGCUUAAAAUUAAAUCCAAAUUACUCAAGCAGUCUAGUUAUUAACAACUUGGUAAUAUCGGUGGCAUUAGAUUCGUCAUGCGAAACUUUGAAUGCUUCAUCAAGACCCCAGGGUUCGUUCAACAAAGACAAAAACAGAAUUACUUGGAGAUACACCCAACCCUUGAAUUUAUCUACUAGCAACUUAGAAGAAAAAUUGAUUGCUAGAUUUGCUACAAAUGGCAUCGGCUCAGAACAUGAAUCAGGAAUACAAGUUAAGUUCUCUAUUCACGAUCCUCCUCAUCAACCUAAUAUCUUGAAUUACAGAAAUGAACCAAUCCCCUGUGUUAAGAAUUUAAUUACAGGAAGCUACAGUGGUCAUAGUUAA